AAGAAACCUCGAGGAGCACCGUCCGUUUUGCUUUAAUCUAAUCAACCCGUCUGAAUAGCUCCUCGGCAUGUAAUGGGGCCAUUUAUUAUUAAGUGACAACUCAACAUCGUUCAACUUUGAAAAGCACACACUUUGCAGACUCGGAAAUUUCGUCUUUUUAUUUGAUAAACGUAACACACUUUGAAAAGGAAGACAAACGAGCAAGAUCAGCAAGGAGAAGAAGAGAAGGAGGAGGAGGGAAAAGAAGAAAAAGAAGAAAAAGAAGACGAAGAAUAAGGAGAAGGAGAGCGAAAAGGAAAUAUGGCGGUGCCGACAUCGCACCGUGAUGGCAGCGAACCCGGUAUGAAUGCCGAAUGGGGUAAACCUGGGGGGUUUGACGGGGCAGAUGUCGUUAUUAUAGCCCCAACCAUGGACAUAGGUUUCGCAUACAAUUACAGUUUAAAUGAUUCCCUCGAUGCCAGUGGAAACGAAACAGACUUCGAGGUCCCUGUCUUUACACCGGAGUAUCUCAUCCGCGUGGUCACGCUCACGUCCAUCAUGGUGCUAUCUGGACCUCUCAACGUCGCCGUCUUCGCCUCACUCUGGCGCGAACGACGUCGAAAAUCACGCAUCAACCUCCUCAUCAUGCACCUCACCCUCGCCGAUCUCCUUAUCACUUUCAUCAACAUACCCACCGAUGUGAUCUGGUUCUGCACGGUUCGAUGGCUGGCAGGGAAUGUCAUGUGUAAAUUAUUAAUGUUUAUCGAGUCGAGUGCGAUGUACGCCUCGUCGUUUGUUCUUAUCGUGAUCAGUCUAGAUCGUUUCGCCGCCAUCGUCCACCCACUCAGCGUCAGUAAGGCAGAUAGGAGGUGUAAGAUCAUGCUGCGGGUGGCCUGGUCUUCGUCGGUCUUCUGUAGUAUUCCACAGCUCUUCGUCCACGAGGUUGGCUCCCCACCGGAGGAUCCCAGCUUCACCCAAUGCGUCGACUACAACUUCGCCAACAAUCGUCCUCGACUCUGGUGGCUAUAUCAUGUCUUCGUUACCCUAGCCAUGUACAUUGUUCCAUUAAUAGCCAUAUUCGGCUGCUACGUCGCCAUCGUCUAUAAGAUAUGCAAAAAGUCGAGAGAAGUUACGAAGGCUUUAAAGAACGGCAACCAUCCUGGUCUGCGUCGCACUGGCUUGGACCGGCUUCCACGUGCUCGCAUGAAGGCCCUACAGCUUACAGCAACCAUCGUAACCGCUUUCAUCAUCUGCUGGAGUCCUUACUACAUCGUGAGUACAUGGUAUCAUUUCGACAGUGGCUGGCAAUCCGAGGAGAAGAAGAUGCUCAAACCGGAGUGGGUCAUCGAUGUCCUCAUGGCCUUGGGAUACUCCAACAUCUGCGUAGAUCCGAUCAUCUACGGGCUCUUUAGUACGAAACUUUGGCGACAGUUACGAAGCUGUUGGAAGAAGAAGUCUCUCUCAGACUCGCGAUCGCCCAAGACGAUGACGAAGAGAACACUUUCAUCGUCUCAUUCGACGGUUACCAGGGCGACGUCGGUCAGGUUUGGGGUCAUGACCUCUGUCCACUCGUGUCCGCAUGAACAUCCGGGUAUUGAAAUGAGUCACAUGACCCAGACAAGAGUUGACAGCGUAUCGGACUGAGGACAGCGCAGAGACUUGCGA